CCCCAACCUGGAACCUGGACAGACUUUCUCUUCCCAACUCCCGCUUGUCGUUGAUUCAAUUCCAAUUCGAUCUAGACAUUGACGCUCACCACGUUCUUUAACGCCUGUCCUUACGCGCCCGAUCUGUUCCAAACGUCUACGCGACCAAUUGACCUAUCCCUGAUGCGACAAACCAUGCUGCCCGACGCAGUCUGAUCGAUACACUCUUUCAAGUAAAACCAGACACACGAGCCGACCGCGCAAUCGCAACCGAACUAGUUAUAAUGGCCGAAGAAAUCGACAACGACGUCGAGAUUGUUGAGAACGCUCCCGCCAAUCCUGGCGCCGACGUCGAGAUGGCCGAGGAGGGCGAUGCCAACGCUGAGGAACUUCCCUUUGCCGAGGGCGGCGAGAGCGACCCCGUCGAGCCGCGCACCACUUUUGUCAGCUAUCUGUCCAGCCCCGUCGUCACCCUCUUGGUCGGCCAGGGCGAGUCGGAAGCAAUCGUCACAGCUCACCAGGCGCUUCUGGUGCAAAGCCCCUUCUUCAAGGAGGCCUGCGCCCAGUUCAGCGACGAUGGUAGCCCGCGUCAAAUCGAGCUCGUCGGUGAAGACCUCGACGCGGUCGGGUGCUUCCUCGAGUUCCUCUACACAGGAGAGUACUUCCCCCGCAAGGUCGCAGGUUCGCGCACACUCGAGCAAGAUCCCUCGACUCCCGAAGUCGAUGCAGACGGCACGCAGCUGCUGAAGCACGCGCGCGUCUACACCCUGGCUGAGAAGUUUGGUGUCCCAAGUCUCCGCUCGCUCGCCAGCUCCAAGAUUCACUGCGUCAACUCGACGGCCAAGGGCGAGAUCGCCUACGCCCGCUACGUCUACGCCUACACUGGCAAGGACGACACCACAAUCCGCGCUCCCGUCGCACAGUUCUGGGCCAUGCGCUCGCACACCCUCCGCUCCGAGGCCGAGGACGAGUUCCGCUCUCUGUGCUUGGAGUACCCCCAGUUCGGAUACGAUGUGCUUACCCGUGUUCUCGACGACAAGCUCAAGAGGGAGAAGAACGACAAGCUGCACCCAUCAUCAUCUCAAGGAAGCGCUCGCAAGCGUGCGCGACACAGCCAGAUCUAGAGCGACAGGGAGCGGAUUUAAUGGUGCAUUUCUUGCGUGGCGUUUGCUACCAUAGUUUAGGGAUCCUUUUGCGAUGGAGCUUUUGGCGUUUCCUGGAACCCUUCACCUUACCCACUGAUUCUCGUACAACACUGGGACGGAGUGGAUGCGAUUGUGCAAAAAGGGGAAUAGGAAGUUGUUUGAUUUCUUUGCAGACUGCUGCGCCGGGUCUUGCUAUACGCAAAUGGUCCUCGUACGUGGACUUGUUUGUGGAAAGCUGUGGAUACCACUGUGGGAAAUAUCUUGAAGACAAAUUUGCUGCCUAUAGGUCUGGGAGCAUUGCAUAUCUGUAUACUAAGGUAAGGUAUGGAGCCACAAAGUGAUUCCUUUCGUUCGGACCGUGUGUGUUCUGUCACCAUGUUUGACGUUUGGUGAAUGACGAGCUCGGUGCUGCGCAGUGGCUAAAGGG